UACAGACAUGGCUGGAGCCGAAGCAAACCGGGGGGCGCUCCACUACGAGCAAACUUUGAUGUAUGGCAGAUAUACCCAAGACUUGGGUGUAUUUGCCAAAGAAGAAGCGGCUCGUUUGCGCCAAGAGAAGGACCAUGCAAGAAUAUUUUCCAAAGAGCAUAUUAAGCGUGCUGAGUUAAUAGAGUAUGAUCGGAGCCGUUGCUCUAGAUGUAGAAUAUGUACUGUGCGAUGUCAAACAUUCCUCAUCUCGAAAGUGGGAGAAGACUGGAUUUUCCUGAUACUGCUAGGAUUGCUGAUGGCCUUGGUCAGUUGGGCCAUGGACUUUGCUAUCGCCAUGUGCCUGCAAGCUCAGAAAUGGAUGUACGGUGGCCUGGAGCACAAUGUCUUUCUGCAGUACUUGGCCUGGGUCACUUACCCUGUUGUUCUUAUAACCUUCUCAGCAGGAUUUGUCCAGAUCAUUGCUCCACAGGCUGUAGGAUCUGGGAUACCGGAGAUGAAGACAAUCCUGCGUGGGGUGGUGCUAAAAGAGUACCUCACUUUAAAAACUUUUGUAGCCAAAGUGAUCGGCUUAACCUGUGCAUUAGGAAGUGGGAUGCCGUUAGGUAAAGAGGGACCUUUUGUUCACAUUGCAAGUAUGUGUGCUGCAUUGCUGAGUAAAUUCAUGUCACUGUUUGGUGGGAUUUAUGAGAAUGAAUCUAGAAACAUUGAGAUGCUGGCAGCUGCCUGUGCUGUAGGAGUUGGCUGUUGUUUUGCUGCACCUAUAGGAGGUGUCCUUUUUAGUAUUGAAGUAACAUCAACAUUUUUUGCUGUCAGAAAUUACUGGCGAGGCUUCUUUGCUGCUACUUUCAGUGCCUUUAUUUUCCGAGUCCUGGCUGUGUGGAACAAAGAUGAAGAAACCAUCACGGCCUUGUUCAAAACUCGAUUUCGUCUAGAUUUUCCAUUUGACCUUCAAGAACUGCCAGCUUUUGCAGUCAUUGGGAUUGCUAGUGGUUUUGGUGGUGCCCUGUUUGUCUACUUCCACAGGAAAAUAGUGGCAAUCAUGAGAAAACAAAGAACCAUUAGCAAAUUUUUGAUGAAAAAGCGUUUGCUUUAUCCAGCACUGGUGACUUUGCUUAUUGCCACCCUCUCAUUUCCUCCAGGGUUUGGUCAGUUCAUGGCUGGAGAGCUCACCCAGAAGGAAACAUUGGUCACUUUGUUUGAUAACAGGACUUGGGCCAAACAAGGAAUUUCUGAAGAAUUUGACUACAUUGGGAUUUCAGAAGCCUGGAAGAAUCCCCGAGCAAAUGUCUUUGUGACCCUAGUGGUUUUCAUCCUGAUGAAGUUCUGGAUGUCUGCACUAGCCACAACUAUUCCUGUGCCAUGUGGGGCCUUCAUGCCAGUUUUUGUCAUUGGUGCUGCAUUUGGCCGCCUUGUUGGAGAAAGCAUGGCAGCCUGGUUUCCUGAUGGUAUCCAUGCAGAUGGUAGUAUUUAUCGUAUUGUGCCAGGUGGAUACGCUGUUGUAGGUGCUGCAGCACUGGCAGGUGCAGUGACCCACACAAUUUCCACCUCAGUGAUUGUAUUUGAGCUCACGGGCCAGAUCUCCCACAUCCUGCCAGUGAUGAUCGCAGUCAUUCUAGCCAAUGCUGUUUCCCAAAGUCUGCAGCCCUCUGUCUAUGACAGCAUUAUUCGCAUCAAGAAACUUCCAUACCUUCCUGAGCUCGGUUGGGGUCACCUUGAGAAAUAUAACAUCCGUGUGGAAGAUAUAAUGGUAAGGGACAUCCGCUUUGUCAUUGUAAACUGCAAGUAUAGAGACCUGCAAGAUCUCCUUCUCUGCACCAAACUUAAAAACCUUCCUCUUGUUGAGUCAGCAGAUUCCAUGAUCCUGCUGGGCUCCAUUGAAAGGAGUCAGCUGCAAACUCUCAUUGAUAAUCAGUUGAGUCGACAGCGGAGGAUGGACUACCUUAAGGAGAAAGCUCAGACCGAGAAGAAGGUGGAUGCUGACAGUCAUAGAAUUAUUGAUGAAGGAAGUAAAGAUGCUCAUGAUUCUGGGGUCAGAUUUGAGAUUGGUACUGAGGAGUCGUCAUUUUCUCCAACUCGAAGUGGAUCACAGAAGCCGUUGAAACCAGCAUUAAAACGAGUGCCAAGCAGUUCUCAUGAUAUUACAUCAGGAACAGGUCCCCUGGAUCAAACAGGAAUUGCACUGAAAAGCCUGUUCUGUGUGAACCCAAUGGAUGAACCAGGAGAGGAUCAAUAUGAAAUUGAAGAUGACAUGUCUGCAUCAGAGAUUGCCGAAUGGGAGGACAAACAGUUUGAACAGCAGGUGGACUUCAACAAUUGUAAGAUCGACCCAGCACCCUUCCAACUUGUAGAAUGGACAUCUCUACACAAGACUCACACCAUGUUCUCCCUCUUGGGACUUAACCAUGCUUACGUCACCAGCAUUGGAAAGCUAAUAGGAGUGGUAGCUCUUAAAGAGCUGAGAAAAGCCAUCGAGGGAUCAGUCACGUCAAAAGGAGUGAAGAUGCGGCCACCGUUGGCUAGUUUCAGGGAAAGUGGCAACAGUAGCAGUGAAUCAGACACUACAGAGAUUCAUAAGCUGUGGGACAGAAGGGAGAGCCUGACACUUCCCCGUGAAUCCAGUCCAUCAGACACCGAUGACAAAUCACACUGAUCAAGCCUUGCAGGGAACAAAUUGCCUCAGUAUAACUGCACUAUUCACGUUUAAUGCACUUGAUUUUGGAUGAGGAAAUGAAAUCUUUCUUUCAGCUGUUGUCAGAAGUGUUGGGAAUUGUAUGAUGCACUUCUAACCAAUAGGGUAAUUUCAAGUUGAUAAACCUUAAAAGCACUGAUUGUACAUUUUGUUGACAGGCUUUGAAGUUUUUUUCUGGUCAGCAUAUGUUGACAAUUAUCCUUUGUUCAAACUAGUAUGAAACCUAAUUUUUGAUUUGAUAAGUCCGAAAAUAGUUGUGCUGAGUUUUUGAGUUUGGAAAAGCAGUAGUUGACAAAAUGAUUUCACUUCCACUAGGAAUUAAUAUAUAGACUUAUUCCUCAGCAAUUAUUGUCCUGAUGAUAUCAAAACUCGGUUUGAGCCAGUGUUUACAAAGCAAGCUUGUAUAAUGUGGGGGGAUAGCAGAAGUACACAGAAAUUUAAUUUGAAAUGGAAGUUCAGCAUUUAAACUGGACGGUUGAAGUGAAAUGUAGGAAUAUGCUGUGUUGCUGUAAUGAUGUGUGAGGCCAAUUCUUGUGCUGUACUGUUUGACCCAUUCUAGUGUGCCAGUGAGAUAGGCCCAUAGGAUGAGCUGUAUUAAUGUGCAAUUUUUUUGCAUGAAACCACACACCAGCCAGUCCAGAUAUAUUAUUUGAAUGCACUCAGCUAAUUUGCAAGAAAUGUUAUAUUCUUACCACAGCCAUGUAACAAAUAGCUCUCUUUGUCUAAUAAUGUAAUGGAGACCAUUUUUUUUUGGGAGGUUUUAUAUAUAUAUAUGGUCUAUUUUUGACUGCCAGUUAUUAAAUUCUACUAAUGAAAUUCAAUCUGGUUGCUGUUGGUACAGCCGCUCCAACCCAUGCCAAAAUAUUGCCAAAACAUUCCCAUUGUAACUUCUGUUCUGAAUUAGAUUGCAUAUUUCAUGGAACAUAGUUCCACAGUGAUUGCAGCAGGUCUGUUUAUUAAUACCACAUAACGUGCUGUGUAUCCAGCAGAGGAGUCAUUGGCAAUCUAGCUAUCAUUUUUUAAGCCCUUGCUAGUAAAACAUUCAUUUAUUUAAAAAAUCAUGAAAUCUCUAAAUAAUGGGAGUGAUUGGCAAAUGUAUGUUGGAAUUCUAUUGUUGGUUUGGUGAUGGUUACAUCCAAAGCUUAAUAUAUAUCCAGUAUGAGAGCCAGUAUUGGUAAUGGACCAGUUUUAAUGUGGUAUAUUGUUUCUUUUCUGCAGUUCAUUAUUUCUUAUGCAGAAGAACAUUUACUCUCAUUGCUCAGCGUUUUUCAUAUCUUUUACGUUUCAG